UCUCUUCUGUGUUGUGUCUGUUCCCUUAUCUCCCUCACACUUACCUUUUUCAUUCAUGUGAAGCUGUCUAUUACCCAAACACCCCUCUUUCUCCCUGUCUCUCUUUAAUCUCUAUUUAUAUCUUUACCUCUUCACACAUACAAAUUGUAUUUGUGCUUUCUCUUUCUUUACAAAAAGAAAAGCUCAUCCAUCAUGGCCGUUUCAGCUCCUCCCCCAAACCCCGUCCCCAUCGCAUACCAAGGCGGUACAUCUGCCGCAGUUCCCGACUGGUUAAACAAGGGAGACAACGCAUGGCAAAUGAUCUCUGCAACACUUGUGGGUCUCCAAAGCGUGCCUGGACUUGUAAUUCUUUAUGGCAGCAUAGUGAAGAAGAAAUGGGCUGUGAAUUCUGCUUUCAUGGCUUUAUACGCUUUUGCAGCGGUGGUCAUCUGCUGGGUUGUUUGGGCGUAUAAGAUGUCGUUCGGAGACAAACUGUUGCCGUUCUGGGGAAAAGCUGGACCUGCCUUGGGACAGAAGUUUCUAAUAAAACAGGCUGAACUGCCGGAGACGACUCAUUAUUACCAUAAUGGAGAAGUGGAAACGACCAUGGCUACUCCUUACUAUCCAAUGGCGUCGAUGGUAUGGUUUCAGUGUGUAUUUGCAGCGAUAACACUGAUUCUACUGGGGGGAUCGGUGCUUGGGAGGAUGAACAUAAAGGCUUGGAUGGCGUUUGUGCCGCUGUGGCUGACAUUCUCUUACACAGUGGGAGCUUUUAGCUUGUGGGGUGGAGGGUUCUUGUUUCACUGGGGUGUCAUCGACUACUCCGGCGGUUACGUCAUUCAUCUUUCUUCUGGGAUUGCUGGCUUCACUACUGCUUUUUGGGUGGGACCAAGAUCAACGAACGACAGGGAGAGAUUUCCACCAAAUAAUGUACUGCUGAUGUUAGCAGGAGCAGGGUUACUGUGGAUGGGAUGGGCAGGAUUCAACGGUGGAGAUCCAUACUCGGCCAAUAUUGACUCUUCAAUGGCCGUCCUCAAUACUAACAUCUGCGCAGCUACAAGCCUUUUGGUUUGGACUUGGCUUGAUGUCAUUUUCUUCAAGAAACCUUCUGUGAUCGGCGCUGUUCAGGGAAUGAUCACUGGCCUUGUCUGUAUCACACCUGGUGCAGGUCUUGUGCAAGGAUGGGCAGCUAUAGUGAUGGGAAUAUUAUCAGGCAGUGUUCCAUGGUUCACCAUGAUGAUUGUACACAAAAGAUGGACGCUUCUCCAAAAAAUUGAUGACACCUUAGGUGUCUUCCACACCCACGCCGUUGCCGGCCUUUUAGGCGGUGUUUUAACCGGCCUUUUUGCUGAACCUUCCUUAUGUUCCCUUUUUUUACCAGUAACAAAUUCUAGAGGCGGUGUCUACGGUGGAUCCGGUGGAGUUCAAAUCCUCAAACAACUUGUUGGAGGUGCAUUCAUUAUUGGUUGGAAUUUGGUUAUCACUUCAAUCAUUUGUGUAGUGAUAAAUUUGGUUAUCCCAUUACGCAUGUCAGAGGAGCAGCUGUUGAUCGGAGAUGAUGCUGUGCAUGGCGAAGAGGCUUAUGCAUUAUGGGGUGAUGGUGAAAAAUAUGACUCCACCAAACAUGGUCUGUACUCUGAUGACACCCUCCAUAAGACAUCCGUCGGUGCCACUCAAGUGGUUUAAUUAAUUCAUAGUAUUAUUAUCGAUCAGUUUUCUAUGUAAAUUUAUCAUCCAUAGACAUAUGUUUGUGUGUUUUUUCUUUAAAAAAAUUAAUAUGGUGUACAAAUAUUGAUUGAAGUUAAUGUGACAAUCGCAAAAAAAUAAAAAA